AUGCGAUUCAGCAAGAAUGUUCAUCUCACGAAUCAUGAUGAUGAUGAUGAUUAUUUAAAUUAUGCUUUGAUUUCUAAAGUUUGUUACUUGGCUGUCAUUGAGGGAAUGCUUCGAUGGGCUCCAUGUACUUUCAAUCAACAAGCAUUGGCAACAAGUUUAAAGAAAUUAUGGGAGAAUGCCAUUGAAAAAUCGGUACUACUUCGCGCGGCCACCAUUAGUAACAACAGUGGUCAUGAUGAGAAUGAUGAUGCAAUGUUGAAAGUGUUGGCUCUUUCACUCAUUCAAUCCAAUAAUAUAUUUAUGAAUUGUGUGAAAUUGGAUUGGCUAAAAGGAUAUGCAUUUUGUAGAGCAGCACUUCAGGGCGUAACCGCUAAUGUCAAAGAUAUCAACAAGUAUUCAUAUCCUGCUUUGGUAAUUAUUAAGAAUGCUGGAAGUGUUACAGAUUCGAGGGGACAAACAAUGAAACCUCCAUUUCAAUAUGACCCUUUUAUUUACUUUCACAUUGGAACAAAAGAAUUAUUCGUAUUGGUAACAAAAUCCAAUCAUAAUUUGACAUCCUCUAACAACAGAUUUAAAGAUCUACUGUAUUAUUUCGUCAUUCAACAGAAAAAUGUGCAUAUUUUGAGAAAUCUAGCUCCAACAAUGAUGAGUAAUGAAUGGAACUAUUAUGUUGAAAAAUGGAAUUACCACAUUCCACCAAAUUUUCCCUUGGAUAUAAUGCCACAGCUCAUGAAAGGAUGUGGAAACGUGAAUAGAGUGUGGCAGAACUUACCACAAAAAUUCAAGCAAGAUCCACAAGUGGUGAUAAGCGCCAUGCAUCGACGGUACUGCAUCAGAUAUGGCUACUCCAAAGAUUUGACAUGCAUAGAUUGUUAUUUUACAGCACCACUCGAAACACAACUUCACCCCUCUGUUCUUCAUGCAUUAUUUUCCAAUCAAUACUCCAACCGGAUAUUCAUGAAGCCACAAUACCAUUUCGAAUUUGUGAAAAAACUGUUUGGAUUUUUCAAGACACAAGUUUCAAAUCACCAAUCAUGGACACAAAUCAAAUAUACCUUGCUUGCACAUUUUUUUAAAUCAUGGCAAGGUCCAAGAAAAGUGGAAUCAAGUUUGGAAUUUAUUCGAUCUACAGGAAAUCGAAAAGAAUUCACAAGCAAAGUUUUGCAUCUCAUCUUGGAAAUAUUCAAGAAAAGCCCAACAAUUACAAAACGCUCUCUACACAAAUUUGCACACUCCAUUCUUCCUUUACAUUUGAUAGAAGAUGAAGUUGUGCUGAGAGACGUGAUUGAGGCAAUGCCAGAAUUUGGACUAGUCUUAACAAGAAAUUACUGGAGCAAACACUUGUCAAUUCUUGAACGAUUUAUGAACAAUUUUCCCAAUGAUUCAUAUUACCAUUUGGCCUAUUGCGACUUGUUGAGCAGGAGUCUCAAGUAUUCUCAAGAAAAAUCGAAAAAGUUGAAAGAUUGUGCAAAGCAUUAUUGA